CCCACCAGAGAGAUGUCCCCGUCCUCUGUAUUCCCGGGAUUCCACACAGGAAGGUCACACCAUCCCCCACCAUCAUCGGGUAGGUGGGACUGAGCAACUAGAACUCAAAAUGUAUUCUAAUCUAUGGAGGACAUUCUUCUGUGUAAUCUCUUGUUUCUUUCUACCAUCUUUGGGGUUUAGGGUGAAGAACUGAAAGACAUCAAAGUUGAGGAUAAAGAGGAAGAAGAAGAGAGGUUGGUGAGUGGAGAUCGACAGUCUAUGGAGGACGGGGAGAUGAUUACGGAAUGUAAACAGGAGGAAUCUUCUCUACAUAUGGACACAACAGAUGACCAUAAUGUCCGGAAUACGUCUGAGGAAUCUUCUGAUAAAUCACAUACCAGGACUCUAAGAUUUCACAGUAGAAAUACUUUAAUAGAUCCGUCUAUUCCCGAGGAAUCUUCUUCAGGGCAGGAAGGAGAUCACACAGAAGAGAGGUCAUUGUCAUGUUCAGUGUGUGGGAAACUUUUCACAAAAAAGAGAUACCUUCUUAAACACAGGAAAUAUCACACUGCUGAGCAUCACCAGUACAGUCACACGGGUGAGCAUUCCUUUUCAUGUUCAGAGUGCGGGAAAGGUUUUAUUCAUAAAUCUGGGCUUGUUGGACAUCAGAGAAGUCACACAGGUGAGCGUCCGUUUUCAUGUUCAGAGUGCGGGAAAUCUUACACUGAGAGAAAAAAUCUUAUUAAACAUCAAAAGAUUCACACGGGCGAGCGUCCCUAUUCAUGUUCAGAGUGCGGGAAGUGUUUCUCUAGUAAACAAAGCCUUCUUGCACACUGGUACAGUCACACGGGUGAGCGUCCCUUUUCCUGUUCAGAGUGCGGGAAAGGUUUCACUGUAAAAAGCAAACUUCUUAUCCACGAAAAAAUUCACACAGGUGAGUCUCCUCAUUCAUGUUCAGAGUGCGGGAAAUGUUUCAUUGAGGAAAUAAAUCUUCUCGUACACCAAAGAAGUCACACAGGUGAGUCUUCUCAUUCAUGUUCAGAGUGUGGGAAAUGUUUCACUGAGGAAAUAAAUCUCAUUAAACACCUGAAGAUUCACACGGGUGAGCGUCCCUAUCCAUGUUCAGAGUGCGGGAAAAGUUUCACUCGGAAAAGAAAUCUUAUUAGACACCAGAAGAUUCACACGGGUGAGCGUCCUUAUUCAUGUUCAGAGUGCGGGAAAGGUUUCAUUGAGAAAGCAAAACUUUUUGUACACCAGAGAGAUCACACGGGUGAGCGUCCUUAUUCAUGCUCAGAGUGUGGGAAAUGUUUUAAAUGGAAAGCGUCUUUUGAUGGACACCAGAAAAUUCACAUAGAUGAGCGUCCCUAUUCAUGUUCAGAGUGCGAGAAAUCUUUCAUUAAGAAAAACGCCCUUCAUGAACACCAGAGAAUUCACACAGGUGAGCGUCCUUAUCCAUGUUCAGAGUGCGGGAAAUCUUUCAUGACGAAAGGACAGCUUGUGCAUCACCAGAGAUUGCACGUGGGUGAACGUUAUUCAUGUUCAGAGUGCGGGAAAUCUUUCACUCAGAAAGGAAACCUUGUGUAUCACCAGAAAAUUCACAUGGGAGAGCGUCCUUAUUCAUGUUCACAGUGCGGGAAAUCUUUCAUUCAUAAAAAAAGCUUUGUGUAUCACCAGAGAACUCACACGAGAUAACAAUCUUUCUCAUGAUAACAGUGGUGUGUUGGGGGUGGGGCGGAAUAUAUUGAAUGUUUUUCAGGUUCAGUUUGAUAGAUCUGAGUCUGCAGGGAUUGAAUUCUAGUAAUAUGAUCCUCUAAACCAGGGGUCUUCCAACUGCAGCCCAUGGACCAGGUGUGCUUUCCUUUAUCUGGCUUGGGGCGCUAUUUCAUUCACCGACACCAACAUUGGGGCACAAUUCCUCCUGAAGCUCAAUUCAAGCUCCUUCCAAUGACACCAAAAAUGGGGCCCAAAGACACCAACAAAGGAUUACCUGUUUAGAUUUACGGAGGAGAUGCGGCAGUAGAAUUAUUGAUCUCACUCAAACGUUCGUGGCGAUACCUCACAUGUGUGGUUUGUACACCGUUUACACAUUUGUGUGCGGCUUACAUUUGCAUUUGCGUCUGCACGUGAGCGUGGAGGGAUGGGGUGCUUUCAAUUUAUUUUUUUCUUCUUUUACUUUUUAUUAUUACACUGUACCUUCAUUUUUUUUUAUCACUUUUAUUCCUAUUACAAGGAACAUAAACAUUCCUUGAAAUAAUAAUAAGGAUGACAGGUCCUCUUUAAUGAGCAAUCUGGGGUCAAAAUGACCCCAGAUCUAUUAGUUACCUUUUUUAACAGCAAAAUCUUUUUUUAUUACUAUAAUUUUUUUUGGUAUUUUGACUUAAAAAAAAAAAAAAUGUUUUGACCCGAGAAUCACAAUAAAAAACCAUAAACAUUCCUUGCAAUAAUAAUAAGGAUGACGGGUCCUCUUUAUUGAGAAAUCUGGGGUCAAAAAUACCCCAGAUCUCUCAUUUACAUUUAAAAGCAAAAUGUUUUUUUUUUUUUGCAUUUUGACUCAACUUCCUGCCCAGCAUAACGGCCGCGCGGAUCGCUCUCGGGCUUUAUUAUAGUUUUAUCUUUUUCUUCUUUUAUAUUGUUUCUUGUCUUCAAUUAUAAAGGUUUUGAUUUAGAUUAUAGCUUUGUUUUUAUUGUUUGUUAACCACUUUAAGAUGUUAAACGCCCUUCCUGUCCACGCCAUUUGUUUGGUUUCACAGUGACUCUUUGACUGACAAUUACUCGGUAAUGCAACUCUGUACCCAAGUGAAUUUUCUAUAAUUUUUCGAGACCGGUAAAGCUUUUUUUGGUUGUAUUUUGUCACUGCUUUUAAUAUAUAAAGAAAUAAGCCGCAACAUUUUAAAAAUGUAUAUGUAUUUUUAUUACUUUCUCUUUUAAAACUGAAAAUAAAUCUUUCUUGAUAAAUUUA